CUGGUCAACCAGAAGGGCUCAGAGAAACCUCUGGAACAGGCCUUUGCCAAGAUGGUUUCUGGCAUGAGCAACAAUAUGCUCAACUACAUUCCCUUCGACUUCCACAAAGAGUGCAGCCACAUGAGAUGGGACCGUCUCCAGAUCCUGGUGGACGCUGUGGCAGAGACCCAGGAGGAGUACAGGUAUCUGUCCUCCUCUUUGGAGGAACUCUGA